UUGCUGAUCGCUCCAUUGAUGGGUUUGGACGGAGACAACAACAACAACCAGACGGAAACAGCGACUUCGACGGCGGCCCCAGAUGACGGCUCCGGCGCGGCCUCCUGUUAUGCUACGGAGGAGGAGGAAGAUGACUCCCGCCCUCAGUUGGGUCCCAAUUGCACCAUUAAAGAACACCUCGAGAAGGACAAGGAUGAUGAGAGCUUGAGAAGGUGGAAAGAACAGCUUCUGGGCAGUGUCGACGUCGAUUCGGCUGCAGAAACCCUAGAAGCAGAUGUGAAGAUUUUGAGCCUAACAAUCUUGUGCCCUGAAAGAGCUAAUCUUGUUCUUGACAUUCCUGAGAAUGGGGACCCAAAGGGAGUGUGGUUUACACUCAAAGAAGGCACCCAUUAUCGCCUCAGAUUCACCAUUCAGGUCAACAACAACAUUGUCUCUGGCUUGAGGUAUACUAAUACUGUUUGGAAAACUGGUCUCAAGGUGGACAGCUCCAAGGAGAUGCUUGGAACCUUCAGCCCGCAGGCAGAGCCUUACACACAUGAGAUGACAGAAGAAACUACUCCCUCUGGAAUGUUUGCAAGAGGAUCUUAUUCAGCCAAAUCAAAGUUCAUCGAUGAUGACAACAAAUGCCACUUGGAAAUCAACUACACAUUUAAUAUUCAGAAGGAUUGGCCACAGUAA